GCACUUCCGGUUGAAUGGUUCGUCUGCUACAGAAAAGAAGACUGCAUGCAUCGUCGAACAGGAGUGUUACUUAGAGAGUGUCUGAAAUGCCUGCAGAAAGAAAAGGUGAACGAGUUUUACUCAUUGGUAAUUUGAAUUGAACACCUCGCCUUCAAAUAGCCCCAUUUCACAGUUUGACUACGACUGCUUUCGGUGUUAUUUCAGUAAAGAAAAAUGGUCUUCGCGAUCUCAUUUCUACACCCAGGGAGAAAUAACUGACAGAGAGCUAGGCAGUAUAGCAGGAGGGUUGUACAAUCAUGUGGGAGAAAUCAAAAUCAGCUGGUUCCUUUUUUCUUCAACCUGUUCGACCAUUCUUUUGGGCUGCAGAUGAUAGGGAGCUUAAGUCCUGGAAAAGUCAUUUUGAGAGGAGAAUUCAGACCGGUGACUUUGGCAUCACGCUACAGGCAGUGCUGCCAAGUAUUUUGGCACCCACGUCAUUUCAGAGAGACAAGCUUGUGAAACAAGUGGAGACAGUGCUUUCCCACAUGUCGGUCCUUGAACCAGAAGGAAGUUCAGAGGAACUGUUCAGGUGCUCCACUGUUGGUCUUAUUGGUCAACACUUACAUGAUCUCAGGAAGAAUUCGUUUGAGACUCCAAAGACAUCUUCUGACGUAAAACGUUCCACCCUGAGUUUGGAAGAGUUUGUAAUGUGUGAGAUGCAAGUGGCUGAUAUGGACAUAUUUCUGGACGCGUUGGACCUAGGGUUGUCAGACACAGAUCUUAAAGAAGAUGGCUUUGAGCAGAUUAGCAUUGAGGAAACUGUUGAUGACAUGCCUCGUUUUGUUUCACCAGAAGAACAUCCUGCAAAAGACAUACAGAAGUGGCGGGGGGAAGUGCAUCCCUCGAACCAACCCAACGACGUGAUGACUGCCCAGCCUGAUGUUAAGUAUGAGGGGGCUGCGGACGACCAUCACGUAAAGCCGCCAAACAAUUUUCAGAAUAACACCAUACAGAUUCCUGACAGCCUUGGAAAAAAUCAAGAUGAUUCAGUUGGUGAGAACAGCCAACAGGACACUAACAAUUCUGGAGGUGACAAGCAUAGUUGGUUUAGAAACAAAGUCGGUCCGAUUCCAUCCAACCAAAAUAACCACGCCGCUGAUAGUCCUUCAAAGAAUUCAGGGGAAAAGAAAAUACUUGGAAUGACAAAUAUGGCGUACCAGACGUCGGGACUUUCAUUAGGUUUUGCAGAGUCAGCCAAGAGGUUGAUUAGGGGAGUUUUAACGAACAGCGCAGAAAAGAUAGAAUAUGCGACAGAACUGACACGUCUUGAGCAAGUGAAGGAGCAAACGGUCUCCGAGUACAAGUGGAAAAUACGCACAGUUGAGGAAGUCGGCGAGGUAGCAAAAGCCUACUAUCAUGACCCUGCUGGGCGUGGCAGGAGGAGAUGGAAUGAGCUGAGGAGGGAAAUUGCCCAACACAGCAAACACAGUAUCACGGACACCAGAGCCAAGUUGGCAACCCUGACUCAUUACAAGCCAAUCUUCACUUACGCUGUUAUGAUGCUUCAGGUUCUGGUGCUCGUUGUGAUGAUCUCCCUCAAUGGCAUGGCUACUGUGGAUGCUGCAUCUGGGCUGCACUUGCAGGAUAACACCAGGACCUUCCUGGGUGUCGAGACUGUGGACAGCCGGCAACAAGUCAACAUGUGGGUGGGGCCUUCUUCCAGUUUCUUCAUAGGAAUGGGUGCGUUGUUGAGUGUGUGCAUGAGGGAUGACCACAAUCUGCACAUGCAGGGAAUAGCACAGAACUACAGUGCAGACAACGCCCUGGGGUGUUGUGAGGUGAAGACCAGAAACACUGCAGCAACUACCACCCAGGAGGAGUGCCAGUCACUUACUCUAGGUGUAGGUCUCUGGAGGGAGGUACCCUGUGGCCAGAGACAACCUGGGGAGAACUAUGUGGAGCAUGUCCUCAAACCCUGCUGUACUGAUGAGAGGGGCACCUGCUUACUCCUAUCAAAUGAACACUGCAGUUUUCUCGGAGGAAUCUUUCAUGAAAAGGAAAAGGAACACUGUUCUCAGGUAAAUUGUCCAAGUGAAAUCUGCCAAAUGGGUGGAAUGUCAUCGAAUAUUCAUAAACCCUGGCUUCCCAGUUCCUUCCAAUGGUGGCGCCCACUCUUGUCUCUGGUGUACACCCAUGGUGUAGUACAUUUGCUGUUGCUGCUGGUGGCUGAGUGGCUACUUCUGCGGCAAGUGGAGAUGUCAGCUGGGUGUUUGCGGGUGGCCGUUAUAUAUUUCAUCUGUGGAGCCGCAGGUGGUAUGUGUGCAUCAGUUGUCUCCCCCUACAGCCCCCAGGUUUGCACGACAGCUGCCGUAAUGAGUUCACUAGGUGUAUUACACAUGGAGCUCAUCGAGGCUUGGACCCUUCUCACGCGACCAUGGCUGGAACUUGUCAAGAUCUAUGGCCUCCUAGCUUUAGCAUUGAUCACAGGAACUUUGCCCCUGAUAAGCAAUUUUGCAAUUAUCACUGGCUUCCUUACAGGACAUCUGAGUGCAGUUGCAUUCCUUCCAUACAUUAAUCUCCGGUUGUGGACCAAGAGGACUCGUGUAGCAGCUGUGUUUGUGUCACUGGCCUUGAUAUUUCUGUUGUACUUUAUCAUCAUUUAUAGUUUCCAUCAUCUACAGAAUCUGUACACAUGUGAAUGGUGCAGAAACUUUGAGUGUGUAGAAUAUGCUCCUCACAUGUGCACACAGCCAUGAUACUUACACAGUCAUGAUACUUACACAGCCAUGAUACUUACACAGCCAUGAUACUGACAUAUAAACCCUACACAGCCAUGAUACCAACAUAUAAACCCUACACAGCCAUGAUUCUUACACAUAAACCCUACACAGCCAUGAUACUGACAUAUAAACCCUACACAGCCAUGAUACUUACACAGCCAUGAUACUGACAUAUAAACCCUACACAGCCAUGAUACCAACAUAUAAACCCUACACAGCCAUGAUUCUAACACAUAAACCCUACACAACCAUGAUAC